UAGCGGAGCAGGAAAGCAGCGUCCGGACUCAGAGACACAUCUCUACGCGUUUCUCCGUGUACGAAGCUGUGGAUGGCUCGUUAACCGCGCAGGAAAAUCACGCUCCAGCACCUCUUUGUCGCGAUAAAGCGGAUAUUUCUCACUUUUUACUGGAGACACAGAGGAGGGGGGGAGAAUAAAAAGCUGCAAGAUGAAAUACAAAAACUUGAUGGCCAAAGCGUUAUAUGACAACGUGCCGGAGUCCCCCGAGGAGCUGGCCUUCCGGAAGGGGGACAUCCUGACCGUCAUCGAGCAGAACACGGGCGGCCUGGAGGGCUGGUGGCUCUGCUCCCUGCACGGCCGCCAGGGCAUCGCCCCCGGCAACCGCCUCAAGCUGCUGAUCGGGCCCAUGUUCGAGGCCAAGUCGUCGGCCGCCGCCGGCGCCGCUUCGUCCCCGCCUCAGGGCUACCAGCAGAAGGCCGGCUCCUCGGGGGCACAGGGGCUCUACCAGGUCCCACCGUCCCUCCAGAGUCCACAGCAGCAGAAUCAACAGGGCAGCUACCAAGUUCCUCCCGGACAGGACGUCUACCAGGUCCCACCGAGGAGUACUCUAGCCGCUGAUAACACACCGAGCAAGGUGGUGACCCCGACCAGAGUGGGACAGUCAUACGCCUACAGCCCAGGUCAGCACAACCAGCAGGACCUCUACGACGUCCCGCCCAUGAGAUCACAAGGGGUAUACGAUGUUCCACCCGGUCAGAUGUACCCUCCUCAGCAAGGUGGCGCCAGAAACCAAGGAGUCUACGACGUCCCUCCGGCACAAAUGGACCUCAGGACACAAGGCGUUUACGACAUACCUCCCUCCUCACAAGGGGUCUACUCAGUGCCUCCCUGCAGGGCCAACCCUGCCCUUCAAGAGGGCAACUAUGACUUCCCGCAGCCUCUGAAGCACAAACAGGAAGGCAUCUACGACGUCCCACCGCCUGUCCUCACCAAGCCCGCACAAGCCCAACAGUCACAUUACGACUUCCCCCCAACCGUGGAGCCUCCUGCUCACCACCAACCCCCCAGCACCAACGGCAACGAAGGCAUUUACGACGUGCCCCCGCCGGUCCAUCAUUCUGGGGCGGGAUCUCAGAGGGACGUGUACGAUAUCCCCCGGGGCAUGCCGCCCUCCUCCCAGCACAGGACCUCGCCCGCCGACAGAGACGGUAGCAAAGGCAUCUACGACAUCCCCGCCCAGGACGGUCGUGCGGUGGGGGACGUGACGGACGGCGUGAACCGGCUGUCGUUCUCCAGCACCGGCAGCACGCGCAGCAGCAUGUCCACCUCCUCGUCCUCCACGGGAUCCAGCAACGAGGGCCGCCUCGCUCUGGAUGUGGACGCCGCCCUGCAGAGGUUGUACCGCCUGCAGCAAGCGGUGGAGGUCUCGGUCGGGGCUUUACAUUCAAUGGCAGCUUCCCCUCACUGGAGGACUUUCCCCUUCAUGGAGCGCCACGCUAACGAUGUGCGCACGGUGCUGGACAGGGUCCGGGCGGCUCUGGGGGACUUCAUUGUGUUUGGUAGAGGGGCGGCAGUGAAUGCCACAUCUCUGUCAGACUCGAGUCUGCACAGUAAGCUCAGGAGGCAGCUGGGACGCCUGGAGGACUCGCAGCAGAUCCUUCUGCAGAUCUACCAGGUCCUGGAGAACUGCAGCUGGGCUCUGAACACGCUCGCCUCGUCCGGAAAGCACCACAACAAGACCGACGACUUGGACCGCUUCGUCAUGGUCUCCAGGACUGUUCCCGACGACGCCAAGCAGCUGGCCUCCACGGUCGGCACCAACGCCGAGCUGCUGUUCAGGCGGACGCACAUGGACGGAUCGUUCUCCGUGGGGAGCACACCUGACGAGAACAUGAUCCAGCCGAUCACCUCCCCCUCCUCGGACAACGACAACUACGGGGGCCAGACCAAGCCCUUCCCCGUGCCCCACGGCCAAGGCAAAGACAACAUGAACAACAGCGAGAAGUGUGUGAAGAGCUGGAUGGAGGACUACGAUUAUGUGCAUCUGCAGGGCAAAGAAGAUUUUGAACGUCAGCAAAAGGAGUUGUUGGAGAAAGAAAACAUCAUCAAGCAGAAUCAAGUUCAACUGGGUCAGGAGCAGAUCAAUCAGUUCAAGAAGCUGGAGCAGGAAGUGAGCAAACCCGUGGAGAACGACAUCACGCAGUGGAUUUCACACUCGGGUUUACCCUCGGCCGCCCCCUCGGACUCGUCGUCCGCCCUCUCCCCUUCCACCCACGUGUGCGCCCGGGACCGCCAGCUGCUCAGCUUCUACUCCGAGCAGUGCGAGCAGCACUUCGUCACGCUCCUCAGCGCCGUGGACGCCUUCUUCGCCUGCGUCAGCGCCGGCCAGCCGCCCCGCAUCUUCGUCGCGCACAGCAAGUUCGUCAUCCUCAGCGCCCACAAACUCGUCUUCAUCGGAGACACUCUGUCCCGGCAGGCCUCGGUCCCCGACGUGGCCAACAGGGUGAUGAACUCCAGUAACGUGCUGUGCGACCUGUUAAAGACGGUGGUGACGGCGACUAAAACGGCCGCCUUGAAUUACCCGAACACAGCUGCCAUCCAGGAGAUGGUGGACAGAGUUACUGAUCUCUCACACCAAGCACAGCAGUUCAAAGAACAGUUGCUCCAAAUGGCUAAUUUGUGAUUUGCCACCAAUGCCAAACAAGGACAUUACACCAUAGACUCCGUUUGUAUAUUAAUCUGCCAUAAAUACAUAUAUAUUUGCAGUAUAUAUAUAUGUUGCUCUUCAUCUUCAAGCCUGUUUUAGACGUUGUAAAUAGUUCCUGUCCUGUACAUAUUUGCUCUAUUUUUGUGUAGAUUGUUUUAUAUUAUGGUAUCAAUAUACAGUAUGUAGAUGCAGUAUUGGUGUCUCCGUAGGACUAUGUGGACAUUUUUCAUAACAUUCCCGUUGCAUAUUACGAAGCACCUUAUGAAAUGUCCCGUUGUUGUUGUUUUUUUGUUUUUUUUUUUCAUUUUCAACCGUAGAAUGUCGUUGAUGUGUCUUACUGCUGGGUGUGACAGUUAACUUUGCUUGUAAAAUCAUGUCAGUGUCGAUGUGCGUGGAGCUCACCACACAGUAAAGGACUGUUCUUGACCUUG